ACACAUCAACUUUCCACUGGCCGUGACCUGCCCUCCAGCGUGACUUAUCAGCUGUGCGGGGUUGUGGCUCAAAGAAAACACACUGUGGGAUGGGCUGCUCUGCCUGCUAAUGAAAGGGCCGAGCCAGCGCGGGCUUCAGGAAGGUUUGCGAAUAAGGAGAAUAAUGAUCUUCAGUUUCUGACCUCCUGGCACCGCGGCCGUGUUUAUCAGGAGGCUCAUGUGACUGAUUAAGACACAGCCCCAGCCUGAAGGAAACAGCUGCUCGCGCUCCGGCACUUGGCAGCUGGACAGGCAGGGUGCGCACCGGCCACUGCCCCAGUUCUCCAAAGUACUUACUAUUUAUUGAACAAGCCAGCACUACAGACUACAUUCCCAAUGCAAUUUCUAAUGAUGAUAACUGCCAUUAAAAUUCAUUCAGACCUGGAAAUCUGUGUGAAGCCAAUAGAUACAUGUUAAGAAGAAAAAUAAAUCCAGGAAGUAAGGUCCAGCAUGCCAGGUGGGAGCUGGGCAUGGAGAAAGAGGUGUUGUUUUAACUGGGUGGUCAGGAAAGACCUCCUAUAAGAGCCUUGAAGUAUAACUAAGGACAGAGACCACCGCGAGGCACAAACAUCACCAACUUGGGUGAUUAUGGAGAUGGUCUGUGUGAUGCUGAAAAUGUCUCUAGUUUUUUGACAACGGCUAAAUAACCAUGGGGUCCAGUGGACUUGGGAAAGCAGCAACAUUAGACGAACUGCUGAGCACUUGCAUUGAGAUGUUUGAUGACAAUGGAGAGCUGGAUAAUAGUUAUUUGCCAAGAAUAGUUCUACUGAUGCACCGAUGGUAUUUAUCUUCCACUGAACUGGCAGAAAAACUUCUCUGCAUGUAUCGAAAUGCCAGUGGAGAAAGCUGUGAUGAAUUUCGAUUAAAGAUCUGCUACUUCAUGAGGUACUGGAUUCUGAAAUUUCCUGCAGAGUUUAAUUUGGACCUUGGUUUGAUCCGCAUGACUGAAGAAUUCCGAGACGUGGCUAGUCAACUAGGAUAUGAAAAACACGUCAGCCUCAUCGACAUAUCCAGCAUACCUUCCUACGAUUGGAUGAGAAGAGUCACACAGAGGAAAAAAGUAUCCAAGAAGGGAAAAGCCUGUCUGCUGUUUGACCAUCUGGAGCCCAUUGAAUUGGCUGAGCACCUCACUUUUCUGGAGCAUAAAUCUUUUCGAAGGAUCUCGUUUACUGAUUAUCAAAGCUAUGUCAUCCAUGGCUGCCUGGAGAAUAACCCAACCUUGGAGAGAUCUAUUGCUUUAUUUAAUGGAAUCUCUAAAUGGGUCCAGUUGAUGGUUCUGAGCAAACCAACCCCCCAGCAAAGGGCAGAAGUCAUCACAAAGUUUAUCAAUGUUGCCAAGAAGCUCCUUCAGCUCAAAAACUUUAACACCCUGAUGGCAGUGGUGGGAGGCCUUAGUCAUAGUUCCAUUUCACGCCUCAAAGAGACCCAUUCUCAUCUUUCUUCAGAAGUUACCAAGAACUGGAAUGAAAUGACAGAGCUGGUCUCCUCCAACGGCAAUUACUGCAAUUACCGCAAGGCCUUUGCCGACUGUGAGGGCUUCAAAAUCCCCAUCCUUGGCGUGCACUUGAAAGACUUGAUAGCAGUCCAUGUCAUUUUCCCAGACUGGACGGAGGAGAACAAAGUGAACAUUGUGAAAAUGCACCAGCUCUCCGUCACCCUGAGUGAACUGGUCUCCCUGCAGAAUGCCUCCCACCACUUAGAGCCCAACAUGGAUUUGAUCAACCUGCUCACGCUUUCACUGGACCUCUAUCACACAGAAGAUGAUAUUUAUAAACUGUCACUGGUGCUGGAACCUAGAAAUUCUAAAUCGCAGCCUACCUCCCCUACAACGCCUACCAAGCCCGUGGUGCCCCUGGAGUGGGCAUCAGGAGUGGUGCCAAAGCCAGACCCCACAGUCAUCAACAAGCACAUAAGGAAAUUAGUUGAGUCUGUGUUUAGAAACUAUGACCAUGACCAUGAUGGGUACAUCUCCCAAGAGGACUUUGAAAGUAUAGCUGCCAAUUUUCCCUUCUUGGAUUCCUUCUGUGUGCUGGACAAAGAUCAGGAUGGCCUAAUAAGUAAAGAUGAAAUGAUGGCUUACUUCCUGAGAGCUAAGUCCCAACUACACUGUAAAAUGGGACCAGGAUUUAUCCAUAAUUUUCAGGAGAUGACCUAUCUCAAGCCAACCUUCUGCGAACACUGUGCAGGAUUUCUCUGGGGCAUUAUCAAGCAAGGAUACAAAUGCAAAGACUGCGGAGCCAAUUGUCACAAGCAGUGCAAAGACCUCCUGGUUCUGGCCUGCAGGAGAUUUGCCCGGGCCCCCUCCUUGGGCAGUGGUCAUGGGUCGCUGCCUGGAAGCCCCUCAUUGCCCCCAGUGCAGGAUGAGGUGUUCGAGUUCCCUGACGUCGCUGCUGGACACCAAGACCUGGACAGCAGAGCCAUCACUCUGGUUACAGGCUCUUCUCGCAAGAUCUCCGUGAGGCUGCAGCGGGCCACCACCAGCCAGGCCACCCAGACUGAGCCUGUAUGGUCAGAGGCUGGCUGGGGAGACUCAGGGUCCCACACCUUCCCCAAAAUGAAAUCCAAGUUCCAUGACAAAGCAGCAAAGGACAAAGGGUUUGCCAAGUGGGAAAAUGAGAAGCCCAGGGUACAGGCUGGCGUGGAUGUUGUUGACCGGGGCACGGAGUUUGAGCCUGACCAGGAUGAAGCAGACAUGGGUGAAACCAGACAGGAUGGUGAGGAUGGCUGACUUCAGGCUGAAGACCCCGGAGGCAAUCACGCUGGCAUUUGGAAGGAGCAAGAUGAGAAAUGCGGAAGAACAGUCCAACUCUCAGGAACUUACCUGAAAAGAUACGUGGACGUUUACUGCCUAGUGACACCGUGGAUCUCCCUGAUUGGACUGUGGGACAGAGGAUUUGCCCUAUGAACUAUUUAUUUCCUCCCCCCGCCCCUGGUUAGGUGCCGCAAAGACUGUGUUAUGUAGUUGGUGGUUUUCUCAUGUAUCUUUCUCUAGAGCCAUUCAUAUACGGGUGAAAUGAAAGCUUUUGUGCAUGUACUUGAUACUUACUCUCUAACUCAGACUUUGCUUUUUUGUGAGAAUAUUAUUUCAGUAUUUUUAUAAACUUUUUUGGGGGGGAGGGGGGUUUAAUGAGAAGUGGAUCUUGAGGGUUUUUUUGUGUGCCUUUUGGAUGGGACCAGGACUUAACAUUUUCUUGAGGGACAGGAUGCUAUUCAGAUCCUGGAAGGCAGUGAUUCUUCUAAAUGACCAUCUGAUGCAAGGAGAAGCUGUUUACAUUGUUUUUUUUUAAUCACAUGGUUGCUAUUAGGAUGUGUAAUAAGUCACACAUUUAUAUAUCACAUAAGUCUUACCAAUUCUGCAUCACUAGGAAGCUCCGACACAGCCAUGAAAACUCUAACAAAAAAAAAACUUUCCUAAUAUUUACAAUUGCCAUAAAUUACGAAUAUUGUAAUUUAAAAAUUAACUCUUCUUGUCCUACCUGACUAGGGUUAGUCAUCUUUAUUAAGACUUCUAUUAAAACUGCUAUUAAGAAAUGUGAACCACAAAAAAAAUCAGUUCACAUCUUUGGGGAUAACAUUUAGAAGAAACACAAACCACUCAGUGAAAUAUAGAACAACCAUCAAUUUUUAAAAACUCAAAGUAGUUCUAAGCAUUUCAUUUGUUAAAAGAGAGAAUUCUGGGUCGUAAAAGAGGCCUAAGAAAUUACCAUCCAUAAUUAAAGAGCGUCAUAGGAAGCAAAUCACAAUCCAGCUUUGAUGAACAACAUUUCAUUUACAAUUUUAGUGUCAACAUUUUAUCUAUCUUUUUAUAUAUCUUUGACCCAAAAUAACUCUACGUGGGCCUGUUUGUUACAUGACGAGAGGAGAAAGCACUUGGUUUAAGAUGUUCAAAAGUAGAGAUGGGAUUGAGCCUGGGGAUGAGGGCAAUGACCUGCUACCAAGUGAUCAGUUAGAAACUGUACCUACAGAGGUUCACUGGUCUACGUGUGGGAGUUUAAGUGUAUAUAUAGUCCAUGUAAGGUUGAAUUCAUUUCUAUUUGGGGCAGUCACUUCAGUAAAAAAUUGCCUUUCUUCUCUUUUCCCAUCAGGUCAUUGAGGACAGUUCUGCUCAGCAAACAUUUGUUGAGCACCUGCUCUAGGCAUUUCCUAUGCUAGAUGCACAGAGACCAGCAAUUCUUGGUCUCUACCCUCAGAAGCUGAGAGCCUAUGGGCAUUAAGGCAAGGUGGUUGCUUAAAAUACAGUUUCCAAUUUGCUAGAACUGGCAUAAUUGUGCAAUUCGGAGAUGGAUUUGCAGAUAUUGAAAAUUAAACGAAGUGAUUAGUUGAAGGAGCCGUGACUAAGCCAAGUAAUAAGAGAAUUCACCCUAUGGAAACACCUCAGAAGGUAAACAGCUACCCCCAAGUGUUGGUUUUAUGUAUAUAUGCUAUCUAUUCUUAUUCAUAAAUGCAAUGAAAUACAUGCUAACAAAAUUAAAAACAGAAAAUGGCAGUUUAAGUACAAGCAA